AUGGUGAAGCCCGUUCGUAUCUUUCCCACGGUCAGGCAAGUCGACGAUUACAACGACAAAAUAACCAAGGAAAAUGCAAAGCUGCACCGAACUUAUUUAAUCAACGCAGUGGAUGAGUCGCGUGAAGUAGCGACAUAUGGUAGAAAACCACCAGAGAACGUGAUUCCCAAAGACGUCAAUAACUGUGGUGGUCUUCUGCCAUCGAUAAGAAUUAGCGUCGAAUCUCAAGUGAUGUUGAGACGCAAUAUCUCCGUCUCUGAAGGGCUAGUAAAUGGAGCUAUGGGUAUAAUAAAAAAAAUCAAAUGGCCGGCCUUGAGGAGAGAUCAACUGGAGGAUGGAGAGCUACCAGAAGCCGUGUACAUUAAAUUUGAUGACGAAACUAUCGGUCGCAGGCUAAAAGAUAGUAAUGGUUGCGUACCCAUACCUCCAUCAAGUACAACAUUUCAGGCAGUAAGGGGUUACGGAGAUGUGGAGCGCCGUAUGCUGCCUCUAAUAUUAAGCUGGGCAGUUACAGUUCACAAACUACAGGGUACGACCCUCGAAAGAGCUGUGAUUGACCUUGGAAAGAAAAACUUCGCAAAAGGGCAAAUAUAUGUGGCACUAAGUCGUGUUAAAAGUUUGGAAGGCAUAGCUUUAUCAGAUUUGGACGCCAACUAUUAA